CCCUCCCCGAGAAAGCAAGCUACGAGGAUCAUCAUAGGUCUACCAACCUACUAUCCUUAUUACUGAAGACUGAUUAUUAAGCUGAUAACUAUAUUGGAGAUCGUUUCGAGGGCGGUAACUCAAACGUUUGUUGUACUUCUAAUUACACGUAUGUCUUUGCUGUGGGAUUUCGUAUGAAAAUUUUCCAAUAUCAGUUGUAGACAAAUUACAUAGUACUUCGACACGCCUCUUGAUAUAAAGUGAUUUUAAACUGUAUAAACAUGCCUGGGAAUGACCUGUCUGAUAUGUUCAACAGCAUCCCUCCUGUCACCCGUUAUUGGUUUUCGGGGACAAUAUUAUUUUCACUUCUCGGUAAAUUUAAUAUUAUUGAUCCCAUGCGUAUGAUUUUGUUGUGGAACAGAAUAUAUUCCCACUUCGAGAUAUGGAGGCCAAUAACAGCUUUGUUGUUCUAUCCAGUAUCCCCAUCAACUGGAUUUCACUUCCUAAUCAAUCUGUACUUCUUGUAUUCAUACUCCUCUCGAUUGGAGAAUGGUUAGUUUACUUAAUUUCAAUAUUAUUUUCAGGUAUGUUCCUCGGACGCACUGCAGAUUAUGUAUUUAUGUUUUUGUUCACUUGGCUAGCACUGGUGGUAUCCUUUAUCUGUAGUACUAUUUUGCUAUUCUAACGAAAUUUGUCACACAGUUAUACAAUUUCUUUUUGUGCUUUAAGUCGACGUAAGACGGAUUCUUUCUCUGAAGUCUGUACCGUUCUUUUGUUUAAAAUUAAUCUGUCAUUACUUCGAAAUUGGACUCACUAAUUUGCAUGAAGAUAACUUGAAUCAUCUGUCUCAUACUUCGUCGUACUGGUUAGCUGAUGGGUUUAGUUGGGAUUGCAAGACAUGAGAACAAGUGCUUUUUACCUGAACUAUAAGUAGCAAAUCUUAAUGAAGUAUGCAUUUCCAUCGUUAGUUACUGAACUGUGACAGUUGAAUUAAAUGUUGAAUUCGCGCAGUUUAUUUGGAUUGACCCCAGUCAACGGUUAUGAAGUUCAAUUUAUGGGGUUCCUAAUAAAAAUUAGUUCAAUUAUUAUAAAUUAUCCAGUGAUCGUGAGAAUAUUUGUUCAUGUUCACAAGAUUUUCUUAACUGAUGAACAGAUUGUCAGUUUCUUGGCUUCAUUUUACGUGCUUCUGGAGCCAAUGGUACUGACAGUGCUCUAUAUAUGGAGUCAAUUAAAUCGUGAUGUUAUUGUCCAGUUUUGGUUUGGUAUGCAGUUCAAAGCAAUGUACUUUCCGUGGGUCUUGGUAAUAUUUAACUUAAUAGUGCGUGGGAGUGCGAUGAUGGAACUGGUUGGAAUAAUCGUUGGACAUCUUUACUACUUUUUCGUUUUCCAGUAUCCUCAAGAGUAUGGUGGUCAAGCUAUACUAAAGACCCCUGGAUUUCUAUAUAGACUAUUUCCAAACCAAAGAGGUAUUACAACUGGUUUUGGAGAAGCCCCACGCGCAAGACAACCAACUACAACUACGGGAAGAUUUCCUGGACACGGCCGGGUUCUGGGAAACGAUGAAUAAUACUCAUUUUUCUAAUUGACCAAUCUGUAUAUCAGAGUAAAUCAAAUAAAAAACUUAUUACUCUCCAA